AUGAGUUCUACUAUCAAGCUUCUUAUGCUUUUCGCAACCUUUAGUCCCUUCGCCUUCGCUUUCCCUCCCUCCAAUCACCCGACUUUCGGGGCACAGGGACAAAAGGCCAUCGGCCACAAUGAUCUCUUCAUUCCUGACCCCCACGAUCCCGUUCCGUACAAGGAGCCGUUUGAAUGGGAUGAGAAGAACCACUACUACGAGAAGCAUGUCAAUGGUUCCGGGCAUGGUUAUUAUCGGCGAUCUUCAUGCCCUGGGGUCAAUACACUGGCUAACAGAGGAUUCAUCAACCGUUCUGGCCGCAACAUUAGCUACGAUGAGAUAGCCCAAGCUGCACGCGUGGUAUGGAACUUUGGGGAUGACAACAUUCAGAUUGUGCUUGGCCCUACCCGCAAAGAGCAUCCUGGCCCCCGCAUCAACCUCGAUAUGUUCGCCGACGAUGCUGUCCAGUUCAAGAUCAACUGCCUCGCAGCUCCGACUCGCAAUGACCGAGGGGUAGGAGAUAAUGUCAACCUGAAUAAGACAUUGCUCCAACAACUGCUCUCGGCCUCGAAGGACGGUGAGACCUUGACUCUCGAGGACACUGCGGAGCACCAUCACCGGCGCCACAAUGACUCCAAAGCCACGAAUCCCAACUUCAGGUUCGGUAACAGCGGAGCCAUCUGCUCUCUUGCCCAGUACGCUAAUAUGUUUGGCAUGCUGGGCCGACAUGGCAAGAAUGGGCCGGGCACCUUGCAUGUCGAGGAUGUGAAAAAGUUUUACCUCGACGAGGACUGGCCGGAGGGCUACUGGAGGAGACAGUUGCCAUACUACUUCCCCGAGGCCAACAGCUACAUUGACAGAAUGGCGCGCCACAUCGGGUACCAGAUUGAAAGACCUUACCCGCCGGACGAACAUAAAUUGUAUGAUGUUGAAGGAGAUGUUGCAGUCUUUGACGUUUUACCUCAAUGGGAACUUCCAGAUAGGUACAAGCUAAAGGAGCAAGAGGGGAAGAAGACACCGGACCUGUAA